CAGCCUCCAGUGAAAGAGGCCAGACACCGGCAACCCUGGCUGUGCCCUUGAAGCUGUCCUUGAAGCUCUCCUCUGUCAGGUCUUUCAGUAGAUCCAAGGCAGCUUUCUUGGGCAACAGUCCUGCUCACACAUCUGCACCGGAACCAUGUGUGACCAGCAACAGAUUCCGUGUUGCCUGCCGGUCCCCCAGUGCUGUGUGAAGGGUUCCUCCUUCUUCCCCUCCCCGUACCCUUCUCCCCAGGGCCAGGUGGUAGUUCAAGGCCCUUGUGGGAUGCAAAUCAUGGAGUGCCCUGCACCAUGCCCAGUUCAAGUUUCCCAGGUGAAGUGCCAAGCUCCCUGCCAGUCCCAGACCAUUCAGGUGAGCAGCCAGGCUUCAGGCCAGUCUCAGACCGCCAACGUGAAGGGUCAGGCUCCAGGCCCAUCCCAGGCCACGCAGGUGAUCAGCCAGGCUGCAUGCCAGCCUGAGGUUUGCUACGUGCAGUGUGGAGCCCCCUGCCCCGUUCAGACCUGCUUUGUAGAAUGUGCUCCAGCUUGUUAUACAGAAACUCGCUACGUGGAAUGCCCCGUCCAAACCUAUGUACCCUACCCAGCUCCCCAGCCUGUCCAGAGGUAUGUAGCGUACCCCUCAGCAUGCCAGGCUCAAGGAAGAUUCUCCACCCAGUGCCAAUAUCAGGGCUCCUUCGGCAGCUGUGCCUCCCAGCGUCAGUCCCGGGCUUCAUGUCGCACUUAUGCACCCCCAUGCCAGAGCCAGGGCUCUUAUGGGGGCUUCCCCAUGCAGCGGCGCGCUAGGAGCACCAGCAGAUGCCUCCCUCCACGCCAGACAAUGCGGCCUUCCUACCGCAGCUGCUCCCCACCCCGCCAGAUGCGGCCUUCGUAUUACCAGAGCUGCUCCCCACCCCGCCAGAUGCGGCCUUCCUACCGCAGCUGCUCCCCACCCCGCCAGAUGCGGCCUUCUUACCAGAGCUGCUCCCCACCCCGCCAGAUGCGGCCUUCCUACCGCAGCUGCUCCCCUCCACGGUGCUCCGAGCCCUACUACAGCAGCUGCAUGCCAUCAAGAUGUGCUUCGGGUUCCUACAACUACUGCACCCCACCCCGCCGCUCUGAGCCCAUCUAUCACAGCGGCGGUGCUCCACGUCCCACUUCCAGCUGCGCUCAGAGACGUGGGCCCAGGUGCCGCAUAGAGAUUUCCUCGCCCUCCUGCCCCAGGCAGGUGCCCCCGCAGAGGUGUCCCGUUCAGAUCCCUCCCAUAGGACGCUGCUCUGAGAGUUGUGCUCCACGACCCUCCUGGGGGACCUCCUGCCCGGAGCUGAGACCACGUCCCGAGCCGCGUCCACUCCCAAGCUUCUGCCCACCCCGGAGUUUUGACCAAUGUCCAGAGCCGUCACUGCCGCGGGGCCCACGUCCGGCCCCGCGUCCAUCACGCCCAGCGCCGUGCUUUCCCGAGCCCUGCCUGUGUCCGGAACCAAGUCCAGCCCCGCGUCCAGCCCCACGAUUUGGCCCAACGCGGUGUGAGUUUCCAGAGCCUUGUCGGGAGCCAAUUCCCCUCCCGCCACGCUGCUCAAGCCCAGAGCCCUGUGUGCAGUCUCAGCGCUGCCCCAGCCCCUGCUCAGGCCCAAAUCCAAUGCCAGGCUCCGGAGACCUCGGCUGUCAUGAGUCCCGCCCAGGCCGCCUAGACAUGGAGGCCCCCAGCUGCGGCCCAGCUGCUUAUACACAGUGCGGAGAGGGUGAUGCUAGCCAUGGACCUUGUGAUGUGUUCCCAGAGCCCCGGGGUCUGGGUGGUUGUGGAGACCAAGGAGGUGCCUCUGUUGGAGCGAAAGGCGGGUACUAUGCUGGAGUAAAGAGCGCCUACUUUUAAAGGAAGCGCGCAGAAACAUCUCUGCCUCCUGCCCUGGCAACGCGGCUCCUCCUUUCCCAGCAGUCACCAUUUCCGUGCUCUUGUUUGCAAUGCUCCAAAGAUAGUCCGAGGCUCCCUGCUGCAGAGGCGAUGUCCUUUGCAUGUCACCACAGGACCCACACCUGCGUCUCAGACACCUCUGCAGCCUCACCUCAGACUCCUCUCCCAUAAGCAUCCCCUGUUCCAGCCAGACCAGUCUCACAACCAGGGCACGUCUUGGGUGUUCCCCAGGACAUACCAUAGCCAUCCCUGCCUCCAAGCCUCUGUCCAUUUCCCCCUGGACCACUUCUCCGCUACUCCCAGUAUCUGAAACCCAACCCAUCUCUCAAGACCUCUUCCUUGGAGCCUUUUCUGCUUGUUCCUACUCUCAGAAGCCUGCGCUGACUUCCUAGAACGCACUGCAUCAUCCACACCAUCCAUUUGGCAAGUGCCUUGCAACAUCUCUUGAACUAUUUUAUUUUUCAGGUGUGUCUGUUGUCUGUCUUACCUGCCCAGCUAGAUUGUAAACUCCCAUUUGAGUGGAGUCAGAAUAUCCCUAAAGUUCCUUGCUUCUCCUAGGGCAGGCGGCUACUCAUCAAGGUUUGUUGGUUGGCAGCUUGAGCCAUGAUCUGUCCUGAUGGGCAACCCCAAGCCUGGGACAAGAGGAGACCAUGUAACAAUAAAGGUGUUGCUACACUCGGAUCCUGA